AUAAUUAAUCAUUUAACAAAAAAAUCAUUAGCAUCAUCUAGAGUUGGUCGUAUUCACUUAAAUUUAUUGGUGUUACAUCGUUCAAUAAGGACUAAAACAUUUAUUGAAGAUAAAAAUUAUAAAGGACUUUAUUAUCAUCCAACGAUCGAUACUACUAAUUAUAUGCUGUCAUUUCUUUCUGAUAAUGAUAAAGUUAAUAAGCAUGCUGAUAUAGCUGUUAUAGGUAGAAUUCCCUUUGAUUCAGAAAUUGAUGAUAAUAAUACUCCUAAAAUUACAACACAAAAUUUUAUUGAAAAUAAAAAGUUUACCCAAUUUCUUCAGCAAGUUAUUACCGAAAAUGUUGGUGAUUCCGAUCCACAAUUACAAGCAUUGGCUAAAUAUUAUCAAAACGGAUGGCUUCAUGUAGCAGAUGCAAGAGAUCCAGCGGUAUGGGGUCGUAUUCCAUAUCCUGAGGAUAUUUUUGGUAUGGUUCAAGUUAAAGAUGGACAAAUUAUUCAAGGAACAUAUCAACCUAUGCCAACUCAUCGUAUAAUUACUACAAAAGGACUUUUUGUAUUAAGUGAUCCUUUACAAAAAAAAUUAUUAGAGAAGUUAAUUAAGUUGUGUGUUUAAUUUUAAUAAAAAUUUACAUUUGAAAUAUAACUCUUACCUAAUAAGAGU